AUGCCAGCGCUGAGGGUGGUGGAAGCGACUCCAGCUGGCGCCAGCACAACAUCGAAAUCCCGCCCCAUCCAGGGCCCUCAGAAGAAUCCUGGUACGACGGUGUUCCACCCACGCCGCCUCCAGGCCACCCCUGUCAGCACACCUUCGACCUCCCUUGACUUCCUCUUCGGUCCCAGGCGCUGGAUGGGGCGCGCUGGGUUGGAGUUCCCUAUCGCACCCCUGCCCACGGGAUACCUCUCCAGGCCUCCACCCGCCUCUCAACAAGGGCAGGGGCCUGCUAGCAGGUCACGGCGCAGAGCAGAAUGA